AACAAUGUAAAAAAAGAACCAAAGUUUAAAAAAAAAACACAAAAUGUGGAAUAUGGCAUGAAUUACAAAAAUAAUUGAACAAAAUUAUAUAAAAAAAUCCAAAAACAUAAAAAAGCACAGCAGCACCUACAAGCAGUGACUGAAAUCACAGUAAUGACAACAUUAAAAAAAUGGAAAAAAGUAACGAAAAAUACUAUUUUUAUUUUAACAGUUUUUAAAUUUCAUCCUCGUAACUCGUGAGACGAUUUUUUGAUCUAAAUGAAUGUUGUAUCUCAGACCGUUCGAAGCAAAAGAAAAUAUGAAUCUAUGAAGACGAACUCUUUGAAAUGUAGAGUGACUCACAAGAGAGAAUACUUAUGGUACUUUUAUAGCGGAACUCACUAAACAAUAGAUUAUCCCCAGCGAGAUUAGCAGUUGAAAUCAAUUUUUGUAUGGAAAUAGUUGUCCAAUAUCAUGGAUCCCGAUAAAAUCAUCGACGUGGAAAUACAUUUUAACAAUUCACUGGCCGUAGCAGAAAGUGGCAAAGCUUGCAAGGGGUUCAUUGUCCUGAAAUUCCGAGACAGCCUACAACUUAACGCCAUUGGUGUGAACAUUGGUGGCCAUUCGAAAAUCUACUGGCGUGAUCCGAAAUCCAGGAGGAGCAACUUGUUGACGCAACUUUCGCUGAUCGCCUGUCGGAAAGACUAUGGAUUCUACCAAAGCGAUACGAUCGUGUUUCAGACGAAAGAUGCAAUCCCAUUGGGCUACAUUCCCGGUACUUAUUCGAAGGAAUUUUCGAUCGACCUGCCACCGAACUUGGCGACAUCAUUCGAAGGUCCCAACGGCUACAUUCGGUACAACAUUUCUGUUUACGCUAUCGAUACCGAAAGGAAAAGAUGGAUCCUCAAAACAGCCACAUUCACCGUAAUUCAGCCGGUUGAUUUGAAUAAUAUGGCGAAUAAUUUACAUCAGCCGCAGCCCCUGGCGAAAUCUUUCACACUAGACUGGACACCGUGGGAUAGGAAGAAAAUUGAAUGCAAGGUAUGGAUUGACUCGACCGGAUUUGUCCCGGGUAAUCUGGUUCCGGUUAAAGUUACUAUUACUAAUAAUACGAAACGCCACGUGAAUGAAAUCCGCGCAAAGUUGAUCCGUGAAGAAAUUUACAAAACCUGCGAACCGAGAGUCAAAAUUUGGAAACAUGAAAAGCUGAUCCAUCAAAUAAGCGACGCGGGGGUGUGGCCUAAAACGACAACUACACGACAGCUGAUGCUACAGAUUCCGGCAACGGUUCCCAGCACCAGAGUAACCAACACCUGCGAAAAACGGAUCAUGAUCGAGUAUAAAGUGCGGGUUACGCUGAAUGUCAAUCCAUACGGUAGGACCAUUGUGCUCGACUAUCCCAUCACAAUCGGGACGGUGGCUUUUCGUAAGGGACCAGUUGUGAUCGAUGACCAUAGCCGGGAUCCUCCGAGGUUUCGUUUCGAUCCAGAAAUACCGCGCAGCGUAUCCGGCUCAAUACCACCUCCGUAUAGAUCGAUUAACACCGUCAUUUUAACAGCAUCAACGCCAGCUCUCGAUGGUAUCAGUGAAAUUGAUUUGCCCCUGUACAGUUCUUCCCCGACAAAGACGCGUUACAAUGCUAAGGCUUUUGACAAGGAUGGUUUACCGUUUGUUCCGAUAUAUCCGAUAUUCAGGAAUGGAGCUAGCAGCACUCUUCUUGAAACGGAUAUGUAAUUCACACUUACGCCUUGAUGACAUUUACUGAGAGAUUUACUUCAAACUCGAAGGUUUUACGGUGGUCAACUGGUCUGAGCGACGACCCCAUGGUCAACGCCGCCGAUCGAGACAAUUCUGUGGCCGUCGGGAUUACAUGAAUACGAUCACGGCGUUGGCCGG